CACCCUCCCCGCGGCCGGGGGCUGGCUGAGGGCCGGCCGUCCCCGCCUUCCCCCUCCCCCGGGCCGGGACUCGCCGCCGCCUCCCAGAGCCGCUCGGUGCCUCGCCGCCGCCGCCGCCGCCGGGCCAUGGAGUCCGCGUGAGGGAGCCGCCCCCGCCCAUCCCCGCCGGGAGCCGCGCGCGCUGCGCUCGCCCCCGCCCCCGCGCAUCCCAUCCCGGCGCCGGCUCCUCCCCGCGCUGCGGGGGCCGCGUCCCGCUGCUGAGCGGGGAUUGAUGCGGAGAGCGACGGCAGCGCCAUGCAGCCCCCGCCGAGGAAGGUAAAAGUUACACAAGAGCUAAAAAACAUUCAAAUUGAGCAGAUGACAAAACUUCAGGCCAAGCAUCAGGGAGAAUGUGAUCUACUUGAAGAUAUGAGGACAUUCAGUCAGAAGAAAGCUGCAAUUGAGAGAGAGUAUGCACAGGGCAUUCAGAAGUUGGCUAGUCAAUACUUAAAGAAGGAUUGGCCUGGAAUAAAAACAGAUGAGCGAAGUGACUAUAGGAGCAUGUAUCCAGUUUGGAAAUCAUUUCUAGAAGGCACAAUGCAGGUGGCCCAAUCCCGGCUCACUAUCUGUGAAAACUACAAAAACCUAAUUUCUGAACCUGCCAGGACAGUCAAGUGCUUUAAGGAACAACAGUUAAAAAAGUGUGUAGACCAGUUGACAAAGAUCCAGGCUGAAUUACAAGAGACAGUAAAAGAUUUAGCUAAGAGCAAGAAGAAGUACUUUGAGACUGAACAGAUGGCUCAUGCAGUGCGGGAAAAAGCCGAUAUUGAGGCCAAGUCCAAGCUUAGUCUUUUUCAGUCAAGGAUAAGCUUACAGAAGGCAAGUGUAAAGUUAAAAGCACGACGGUCCGAGUGUAAUUCAAAGGCUACCCAUGCAAGGAAUGACUACCUUCUCACUUUAGCAGCUGCUAAUGCACACCAGGAUCGCUACUAUCAGACAGACUUAGUGAACAUUAUGAAGGCUCUUGAUGGGAAUGUAUAUGAUCACCUUAAGGAUUAUUUAAUGGCAUUCAGCAGGACAGAGCUAGAGACAUGCCAAGCUGUACAGAAUACAUUCCAAUUUUUAUUGGAAACUUCCAGCAGGGUGGUACGGGAUUACAAUCUUCAACUGUUUUUACAGGAGAACUCUGUAUUUCACAGACCACAACCCUUCCAGUUCCAGCCUAGUGACAGCGACACCAGUUUUAAUGCAGUUCAGCUGGUGGAUAUUGAGCCUUCACCUGUCAGUGCUAUGAGAAUGACUAUAGCAGAGAGUCGACAACUGGAAUCUGAAACUGGGACAACGGAGGAGCACAGCCUAAACAAGGAAGCCCGGAAAUGGGCCACCCGUGUGGCACGUGAGCACAAAAACAUCAUCCAUAAUCAACGGGCGCUUGAGGAGUUAGAAUGCCAUGGACCUGUGGUGUCUGAACAAAGCCGAGCAGAACUGGAACAGAAAAUAGAUGAAGCCAGAGAGAGUAUCCGCAAAGCUGAGAUAAUUAAACUCAAAGCAGAGGCUCGUCUUGAUCUGCUAAAGCAGAUAGGGGUGUCUGUUGAUACAUGGUUGAAGAGUGCAAUGAAUCAAGUGAUGGAAGAACUGGAAAAUGAACGCUGGGCAAGUCUUCCUGCGGUGAACAAUAAUGGCUCUUCACACCUGCUUAAUGCUGAUGCAGAAAGGGAGGAAGGGGAAGAAUUUGAAGACAGCAUGGAUGUUUUUGAUGAUAGUAGUUCCAGUCCUUCUGGAACUCUACGAAAUUAUCCACUGACCUGCAAAGUUGUUUAUUCAUAUAAGGCUUCUCAGCCAGAUGAACUGACCAUUGAGGAACAUGAGGUAUUGGAAGUGAUUGAAGAUGGAGACAUGGAAGACUGGGUAAAGGCACGAAAUAAAGCAGGCCAAGUGGGUUAUGUGCCAGAGAAGUAUCUGCAGUUCCCAACAUCCAACAGUCUGUUGAGUAUGCUGCAAUCACUUGCGGCGUUGGAUAGUCGGUCACACACCUCAAAUAAUUCAGCUGAAGCUGAGCUAGUCUCAGGAAGCCUAAAUGGAGACUCCAGCGUCUGUUUUGUAAAAGCACUUUAUGAUUAUGAGAGCCAGACGGAUGACGAGCUGUCCUUCCCAGAAGGAGCAAUCAUCCGUAUCUUGAACAAGGAGAACCAGGAUGAUGAUGGCUUCUGGGAGGGGGAAUUCAAUGGUCGUGUUGGGGUUUUCCCCUCUGUGUUAGUGGAAGAACUUACAGCCUCAGAAAAUGGAGAGACGCAGUGGACUGGAGAUAUUCAGAUAUCCCCAAAGCCUCACAAUUCCCUUCCACUCUUGCCGCUGUAUGACCAGCCACCGAUUAGUCCCUACCAUAGUCCUGAUAAGAGAGGCUCACAGUACUUCCCUAGGUCACCAUCAACUAACGAAAAUAGUUUCAGCUCAGAUUCUCCUGGAUUCUCACAGCCUCCACGACCUGCUCCUGAAGCCUCAUAUGGCAAACUGCGACCUGUACGAGCUGCUCCUCCGCCCCCUACACACCAUCACAGGACGACGGAGAAGAUGGAGGAUGUGGAAAUUACUCUGGUAUAGUGAUUGGACUAGUGAAGUGGUGGUGCUACAAUCAAGGCCAAAUGUGGUGUUUGGUCAAUCUUCUUUUUAGGCACCUUUGCAUGAUGAAGACUUUUCAUAGAGCAAGAAGUGGGGAGGAUUAUAGGUGGCAGUGACAUGGUGGAUUCCUUCCCUCAGUCAUGAAUAUUUUGUGCCUUUUUUGUUUUUAUAUACAUCAUCCUUCCUCCCUUAGCACAAACCAAGAUGGGCCAAACGGUGAGCAGAGGAAUGUGUUGGAGCAGGUUUCUCUUUUGGCUACAGAUGGUCAGUUUUUAUAUGGAGGACUAGGAGAGAGCCUCAUUCAUGCAAUUUAGUCACAGCACACUUAUACCAUGUGCAUUAGUACAGUAUAUUACUGUUGCUGUAGGAACGUGUUAAAGGUUUUCAAUUCAGCUAGCAUUAUGUGUCUGAUUAAAUAGUAAUCAGAUUUUAUGGAAUAAAAAAGGGAACAAAAGAAUAGGUUUAAGAAGAGGCUGGCUCCUCUUUCGUCCCCACAAAGAAGGAAAAAAAAGGAAAAUAAUCUUACAGAUAAGGAAAAGUGCUGCAGAUCAUAUGGCAUUAAUUGCAUUAAUGCACACCUCUUCGAUAAUUAAAAAACAGAACAAAAUAGUCUUUGUAUUAAUAUUUAUGCACUUCAUUUAGUAAUCGCGUAUCUAAUCCGGAGGUGCUGAAUUAGUAGCAACAUCUUGUUCUAUAGCAUAAACCAACCAGUAGAAAAGUGACGUUUUGUCUAGAUCUGGAAAUUGAGCUUCAUUUUUUUUCUUAGCAGAUUUUUUUUUAGUAGAUGGGUCACUUUUAUCCCAGUUAUUGCCGUGUACUUUAUUAUCAGCAUUAUCAGUAUAUCUUUGCCAUCAAAACAUCUGGCUAGAGUUAGAAGUGUCAUUCAGAAUACUUACAUGCAUUAUUUAGUGUCCACUUUGGAUAGUCCCAUUGUAUUUCUCCAUGCAAAGCCCAUUGACUAGCCAAGACCAGAGAACCAGGAAAUCCAUGGCCUACUCCAGUCCUUCAGAAACCAUCUUUAGGGGUGAAAGGAGUAGAGGAGAUUAAGAACUUUUAUACAAGAUACAGGAAGUACAAGGACUUCAAGGGUAAUUUCCCACCAGGUUUCUCUAAGAAAGGAACUGUUGAUAUUUUAGAAAAAAUGGGGUGGUUUGUGUUGCAACAUGAAUAAAAAUGGUUAAGGAGAGGAGGGGAGCCCUUCAUCCCAGGGGGAAAUGGUUGUUUCUCUAAAUAUGAUAAUUAAACUGUUUUGAAAAUCGCAAUACCCAGAGGGUCAAAACUUCAGUGAAAAACCAUCGACAAAACAUUUAAGAGCUAUUAUAUGGGUUAUAAUGAAUGCACUUUUGUGUAUUCCUAUUUUUCCUAAGCCAGUAAAUUGUCUACAUUAAGUUAACUUACAAGGGCCUUUUUUUUGUUUUUGAGGCUGCAUUUACGAAAUCAUUUUACAACAUUUUAUCAUAAACUUUGCACAUACUUGUAAAUCACAACCCAAGCUGGGUAUCUGAAACAUUAGUAUUUGCCAAUCUCUUCUCCCAGUGGGAUGUUAGCUAAGAGCAGAGCUGUUUGAAGUAAAAUGUCAUCGGUCAGUCAUGAAAUCUGUGACUGUCCAUUGAAGAUUCUUUUCCAUGUUUUUCAUUCUUUUGCAUCUCUCGUCCUGUUGAUCUGUUUGAGGUCUUUUUAUGUGUUUAUCAAACUUAUUCUUAAGUUUACAAAAAAAGUUUUUUAAAAGAUUUAACUGUUGGCAAAAAAUUUUAAAAGCUUCAAGAUGCAGAAGAAAAGCAAGUAUUGCCAUAAUGUUAAUGUUCAGUUUUCUUGGCCAGUUUUUCUGUGUCCUUCAUACCCGGACUUUCAAAAUUCAGAAAGUGUUAUAUUAAAUAUCUUUAGUUGUAUUUUAAAAUAUUUUCUGUAAGAGCUGCUAAUUUUAUUUAAAAAAAAUAAAAGUUGUAAAAAUAUGCCUCCUUUUUAACUAUGACUUCUUCAUACAGGGCAUGUAUUCGACGCAUCACCAUGUACAGUGUCAAUACACUGAAAGCAUAGGUGCAAAUGCUUUCUUUAUAUUGGCUGUAAAAAGUUUGUAUUUAUUAUGUAUAAAAUGUUGAAUAAUAAAAAAGUGAAAUUAAA